GAUUCUCAAUCGUACAAAGGAAAGUGUUUUAUAGUUUCAUAAAAUGCGUGAAAUAGUGCAUCUUCAAGCAGGACAAUGCGGAAAUCAAAUCGGUUCAAAGUUCUGGGAGAUAAUAUCGGACGAGCACGGCAUCGACGCGACGGGCCACUACCGCGGCGACAGCGAGCAGCAGCUUGAGCGGAUACAGGUUUACUACAACGAAUGCGAUGAUGGUAAACGCUUCGUACCUCGAGCGGUCCUGGUGGACCUGGAGCCAGGCACUAUGGACGCCAUCCGCUCCUCUCCGAAUGGCCAGCUCUUCAGACCUGACAACUACGUCUUUGGACAGAGUGGCGCCGGUAAUAACUGGGCUAAGGGACACUAUACCGAGGGCGCCGAGCUGGUGGACUCCGUGAUGGACGUCGUGAGGAAAGAAGCAGAGCCCUGUGAUUGUCUGCAAGGUUUCCAGCUGACCCACUCGCUGGGCGGCGGCACGGGCUCCGGCCUGGGCACACUUUUGUUGAGCAAGCUGCGUGAGGAGUACCCUGACCGCAUCGUUAACACCUUCAGCGUUAUGCCUUCGCCUAAGGUAUCUGACACAGUAGUGGAGCCCUACAACGCGACUCUCUCCGUGCACCAGCUCGUAGAGAACACCGACGAAACUUUCUGCAUCGACAACGAAGCUCUCUACGACAUCUGCUUCAGGACUUUGAGGCUUUCUUCACCCACUUAUGGCGAUUUGAAUCACUUGGUUUCUUUAACAAUGUCUGGAGUAACGACGUGUCUGCGAUUUCCGGGUCAGUUGAACGCCGAUUUGAGGAAACUCGCCGUGAACAUGGUACCCUUCCCGAGACUGCAUUUCUUCAUGCCUGGUUUUGCUCCACUUACUGCCAGAAACAGCCAAGGUUACAGAGCAUUAACUGUGCCAGAGUUAACGCAACAGAUGUUCAGUCCAGUGAACAUGAUGGCCGCCUGCGACCCUCGCCACGGACGAUAUCUCACCGUGGCCGCCAUCUUCAGAGGACGCAUGUCCAUGAAGGAGGUCGACGAGCAGAUGCUGUCGAUCCAAGACAAGAACUCUGGUUAUUUCGUAGAAUGGAUUCCGAACAACGUGAAAGUGGCCGUCUGCGACGUUCCGCCGCGUGGUCUCAAGAUGGCCGCCACCUUUGUGGGAAAUUCCACCGCCAUCCAGGAGAUAUUCAAGAGGAUAUCCGAGCAGUUCACUGUCAUGUUCAGGAGAAAAGCGUUCCUGCACUGGUACACCGGCGAGGGCAUGGACGAGCUGGAGUUCACGGAGGCGGAGAGCAACAUGAACGAUCUCGUAGCGGAGUACCAGCAGUACGAGGAAGUAGGCGUCGAUGAUGGAGAAUUCGAUGAAGACCAGGAAGAAAUGCCGCCUGAUGAGGAAUAUACCACUGAAGCGUAAACCAAGCAUAAAUUAUCAAACAAAGCCAUCACUUAUCUGGGUGGGACUGGUAUGACUUUUAACCAUACUGAGAUUUUAUAGUUUUUGGACAGGCCACUGUUAGGUUCUUCUUGUUCAUGUUACUGAUAAGGCGAUGGCUUUGUUUCUGUAUUGAAUAUUGACAUUUUUAUAAUUAGUUUAUAUGAUAAGGAUAUAUAAACAAUAAUUUAUAACAAUAGUUUCUUUUUAAACAAGUUCUGUUUAACGCCUACCAGUUUUGGCAGAAACGGCAUCAGGACUAAUGAUCGCUUCACAAUUGACUGUCUGGAACUGCGAUCAUGAAUAUCACCUAAGUCUUUGAGAAACAGUUCACUUUUGGUUCAACUCGCAGCGCACUAAUUACAGACAAGCCAAGUUUAUGUAGCAUGCAAGCAAUAA